GGCAACUCUUUCAUGCUUAUCUCGAGUUCUUGAGGAAGUUGGAGAGUUGUUGUUCCUUAAUUUUCGGAGACAUUCGGACUUGUACGUCGUUUGUUUGUGUCUCGUUAUUUCCCCUUAGAAUGGAUGCGCUGUGAUUGAGCUCCAACAUUUUGGCAUUUUGUAUGGUCCCGCACACUCUUUUUUCACCGCACGCAACGUUAUACGUCUCAACACAUUGUAACCUAUCGAGAUGAGGAUAAUAAAAUGGUGACACUAGCUGUGGAUUGUUAUGUCAUUGAAAAUCCUAGUGACAGCAUAGUGAAAAAAGAGUCAUCUAGGGACAACAUAUGGACAGCUGGACCAGCAUCUACAUAGUUACCCACCAUAUCACGUUGAAUCAUGGCAGAUGAAGAAACUAGAAAACGAACAAUGACAGAUAAAGGUUUAGAACAUUACGAAGAAACGCGUUCAAAGUUUUAUAAAAAGGUGCAAACGUCCUAUGAUCGACUUUGUAGUACAUUGGAAGAGACUAAUGUGGAUCUGGAGAACCCAGAGGCGAAUAAAGUGUUGUUGGACAGACUCCAUAGUGCUCAUGCUACAUAUUUAACUGUAUCAUCAGAGUUUGCAGACUUUUUGUCGAGAAGUAUAACCGAGAGUAGUAAAGCCGAGCUUGAAGAAUUUGACAAACAGGUGAAGUUGAUAGGAGAUCGCGUAAGUGAAGCCGUGCAAAAGAUAAAUGACAUUAUAGGGACUUCAAAAGCCGCUGUUUCUAUUAGAUCAAAGUCAUCACAUGGUUCCAAGGAGUCUCAUGUGUCAUCUUCGUCUAGUUCUCGUGCUCGCGCAGAUACAGCUCGUAUUCGUUUAGAAUACGCUAAGAGAGAGGCCGAGCUGAUGAAGAAGAUGGCUCUAAUUGAAGAAGAACGUCUGUUAGCAGUUGCCAGAGCAUCGAGGGUAAAGCAAGAAGUUAGUGCAGACUUAAAUGUGCUGAAGGUAGAGGGUGAUGUUGCUGUAGCAGAAAUAGAAGCGUCAUACGCAGAAGAAGCUGAUGGUGUGUCAAGAAAUGCGGACUUUGACUUGACGUAUGAAGCUGCAAGUGAAAGGUCAAAAAACUAUAUAGAUAAUUUACCAGAAAUUCCUAGAGCUGGAGCAGCAGGCACACAGAGUAAACCUACAGUGUAUGCCUCUCGCGAUCCAGAUAGACACUUUGAAUGCGAUAAUGUGAGUCAUAACUCAGAGAGAUACCUCAAAGAGAAUCAUUGUGAAGAAGAGCAAGCAAGAGUACGUGUACAUCAAGAAUCAGUUUUAAGGAAUUCCGAUGCUGACAUUUUAACAAGUUUCCUUUUGCGAAAAGACAUUAUGCCACAAAGAUUGAAAAAAUUCAACGAGAAACCACAAUCAUUCGGUGUGUGGAAAACUACGUUUAAAAGCGUCAUGAAAGAAUUGAAAGUUACCCCAACAGAAGAGAUUGACUUGUUGGUAAAUAACUUGGGUUCAGAAUCACAGAUAUGGGCAGAGAGCAUACAUUCAGCAAAUGCUUCCAAUCCAGAGCAUGGCUUAGAACUCAUCUGGGAAAGGUUAGACAACUGCUAUGGAUCCCCUGAGAAAGUUGAAGCUUCCCUGAAAUUGAGAAUUAGAAAGUUCCCCCAGUUGACUAACAAAGACAAUAAACGUCUGUAUGAACUGAGUGAUCUUUUGCUCGAAGUAUUUUCAGUUAAAAAGGACCCUCAAUUUGCCACACAGUUUGCUGCCUAUGACUCAUCCUCUGCUGUUAAUGAAAUUGUGUGCAAGCUGCCAUUUAAUAUGCAACAAAAGUGGAUCUCCCAUGCUGCAAGGUACAAAAAGGAACACAAAGUAACAUUUCCACCUUUUUCUGUAUUUGUAGAGUUUGUGCGUGACAAUAGCAAGAUCCGUAAUGACCCAGCAUUUCAGUGGGAACAUCAAGUGGUCGAAGCUUGCCCCAAACCUAAACAGAGACAGAGCUCUUCUAUAAACGCGCGUGUAGUCAAUCGUAAAACUGACAUCCACAUAGGCAGUGAAAUCAGUGACGACAAGAUGAAGAAUGAUCAGAUCACACGAUGUCCCAUUCACAGAUCUGGACACGGUUUGAAAGAGUGCAAAACCUUUGCGAACAUGACUUGGGAAGAAAGGCGAAAAUUGCUGAAAGAAAAGGGUAUAUGUUACAGGUGUAUUUCUUCAAGUGAUCAUGCUUCCACAAACUGUCCAGUUUCUGUCACCUGUGAAAUAUGCAUGAAGAAAAAUCAUCUUACUGCUAUGCAUCGAGAUAGAACUGAAUUUAAUGUGCGAAACUCGGCUGUACCUGCAUCUGACCAAAGCAAAGUGACAGUUUCUUCAAAAUGUACUUCUCUGUGUGGCCAAGGCUUUAGGGGCAGAUCCUGUGGCAAAAUCGUUCUGGUCGACGUAGCUUACAAAGGUCAUGAAAAUACAGAACGUGUAUACGCCAUUCUAGAUGAUCAAAGCAAUCGCUCAUUGAUAAGCCCUGAACUCUGCAACAAACUAAACGUUUCCGGUGAAUCGACAGAGUACACACUAUCCUCGUGUUCAGGUAGUAGCGUUAUGGCGGGGAGACGUGUUUCAGGCCUGACAGUGUCAUCUAAAGGUGCUCCAAGGGGUUCCAGAUUUGGAUUUGAACUACCCACAUUAAUCGAAUGUGAUGCCAUUCCACAAGAUACAUCAGAAAUCCCGACACCAGAAGUUGCACGUAGCUUUGCACAUCUGAAGAAGAUUGCCUCAUUCAUGCCGCCACUAGAACCUGACUGCGGUAUCGAGCUGCUAAUAGGCAGAGACUUGCUGGAAGUCCACCACGUAAUUGACCAGAUAAUAGGGCCCAAAGAUACGCCAUUUGCCUUACGCCUUCCCUUAGGCUGGGUUAUCGUUGGGGAAGUGUGUCUUGGCAGAGUACACCAGCCAGACUCUGUCAAUACAUACUUUACGAGCAUUUGCAAAGACGGGCGAGAGACCAUCUUCAGACCAUGCCCAUCUUACCUGACUGUGAAGGAACCAGAUUUCUCAGAUGAUGUGGUCUUCAGGAGACAACCCGAUGACAACAAAGUUGGCCUGUCCGCCGAAGACAGAAGUUUCCUCAGAAUUAUGAAUUCCGAGUUUGCAAUGGACAAAUCUGGACAGUGGACUGCACCAUUGCCCUUUAAGUCGCCUAGACCUAUGCUUCCAGACAACAAGGAGCAAGUGUUUAAACGUGCAGUAUCCUUGAAGAAGAGCCUGGAACAGAAUCCAGAGAAAUGCCAGCAGCUUGUCCAGUUCAUGCAGAAAAUCUUCGACAAUGGUGCGGCAGAAAAGGCUCCGACUCGGGAUGAAGAUGGUAAAGAGAACUGGUACCUGCCAUUAUUCGGGGUGUACCAUCCCAAGAAACCGGAUCAAAUAAGAGGUGUUUUUGAUUCCUCGGUUGCCUUCAGGGGUCAAUCUCUUAAUGAUCUAUUGCUCUCAGGACCAAAUUUGACCAACAAUCUACUUGGUGUUUUACUCCGUUUUCGCAGAGAUAAGUAUGCAGUAUCUGCCGACAUAGAGCAAAUGUUCUAUCGCUUCCUAGUGAAUAACGAACACAGAGACUUCCUGCGGUUCUUUUGGUUUCAAAACAACAACCCCGAGCUGCCAUUCACUGUUUUCCGCAUGAAAGUUCAUGUUUUCGGGAACAAACCUUCACCUGCAGUUGCCACCUAUGGAUUGCGCAAGGCUGUUGAGUCUGUCGACAAGGACAUACAACAGUUUGUUGCCAAAGAUUUCUAUGUGGAUGACGCAUUGACAUCUAAGCCAACACGAGAACAGGCUGUUAGCUUGUUGCAACGGACCAGAAAGGCUCUCAGAGUCUAG